GCCGAAGCACACGACCGAGAUAGGUGAAAAUUUUCAGAAAAUCGCUUCUGAAUUGGUGUAAUUCGUUUUUCGACUGCAAACGGAUAAAUAAGUGGACUAGUAAUCCUUAAAUAUUUUCUGUGCGUGGCUAGUAAAUAUAUUUUUUAAAACAGAUAAGUGUAAAUUGUGAAUUUUGCCAUUGCCGCAGUGUUUUGCAACGCAGUAAGCAAAGCAGCACCGCGCUGGCCGCAGUAGCGCCGCCAUUGAAAGAAGAAAUUUUAAUACGUCGCGUUUUUUGCCAAUCCAUUUGUCGUGUCGCACCUGGCAAGAGAAAUCAUAUUUUGUGAGCUGAAUAAACAACACUAAAUCAAAGGAAGUCGCAGGCUCUUUGUUGCACUUUUAAAUUUUGUGUUGCACUGCAGAACUAUUUUCUGAUAGAUAUUGGCAUAAAAAAUAGCAAAGAUGAGUGGCGGAAUGCCCGAAUUGGGCUCUAAGAUCAGCUUGAUCUCUAAAGCUGAUAUUCGGUACGAGGGUCGCCUGUAUACCGUAGAUCCCCAGGAGUGCACUAUUGCUUUGUCGAACGUUCGAUCUUUUGGAACCGAGGACCGGGAGACACAGUUCCAAAUUGCUCCACAGAGUCAAAUAUAUGAUUAUAUUCUAUUUAGAGGUUCUGAUAUCAAAGACAUUCGGGUUGUUAAUAACAGCCUUCCACAUCCAAAUGAUCCGGCUAUAAUGCAAGUGCAGUUACAAAAUGGGCAACAUAUGAUGCCGCAUUUCCCCAUGCCCAACAUGAAUCCUCCACAUGCACCGCCGAUGAGUGCAGUAGGGGGUUAUGGAAACCCAUUUGGAAUAGGAGGAUUAGGUAUUGGAGGAGCUGGUGGUGCCCCUUCUUUAGCUCCUGGCUCCGGAGCACCUGGACCAUAUAUAUUAGGUGGUGGUAAUCAACCACAACCACCAAAUCAACCGCCACAGCAGCAGCAACAAUCGAAAUCACAGCAGCAACAAAAACAACCAAACUUACUUGCCGGUGCAUCGCGUUCAACGACACCUAUGAGCCAUGUUUCGCUAAAGAGUGGUUCCCCCGAUAUGGUCGCUCAGCAACAGCAUCAAAAUCAACAUUCGAAUCAGAACACUGGACAUGGCGGCAACUCGCGUGAUGCUGGCCACAAGCGACAAAAUCACCAACAACGUGGUGGCAACAACAAUCAACGCAACAAUGAUUUUUACCAACAGUCACGUGAUCGUCGUGACUCUGGACGUCACACCGAGGGCAACUACAACAACCAACAUCAUGAGGUUCGUGGCGGUAACAAUUACAGCAACCAACGUAAUAACCAUCAACGUGGUGGAGGUAGCGGCGGGGGUGGUGGUGGCCCAAACCAUGCUUGGACCAUGCACCGUGGUGGCCCCAAUAAUGGAAACAAUAUGAUGGUACGCAACCGAGGUGGCGGACGUGGGCGGAUGCAAAAUCAAGGCUUUCGACCAAUGGGCGGUCCUGGCGGCAAUCAAAAUAAACCCCGGAAUCCGAAGAAUGCAAUUAAGUUUUUACAAGAUUUCGACUUUGAGCAGGCCAAUGUUAAAUUCGAGGAGCUACGUUCCCAAUUGUCCAAAUUAAAGGUGGGCGAAGAACCCAAAGCAGAGCAGAUAAACGGUGAAACUGAAAAGAAGGAAGACUCCGGUAAUGAGACCGGUGCCGGAGAACAUGAACCGGAAGAAGAGGAAAUUACUGUUGGAUAUGAUAAGACAAAGUCCUUCUUUGAUAAUAUUUCAUGCGAGGCAGCACAGGAUCGUAGUAAGAAUAAGAAAAACGACUGGCGUCAGGAGCGCAAGUUAAACAGUGAAACAUUUGGAUUUUCAUCUACAAGACGUGGCGGAUAUCGUGGUCGCGGCAAUUAUUACAAUCGUAAUAUGGGCUCUUAUGGCGGUGGUUACAAUCGAAACUAUCGUGGAGGUAGUAAUUAUCGCAAUCGUAGCAGAAAUCCGAAUGCAGCCUCGACCAACGUAAACGGUGGUGCUCCUAAUACUAAUACUGGAAACACCGGUACGCCUAAUAACAAUGGUGCCAAUACGGCUGUCGCACUCAAAACUCAAGUGCAAGCACCACAACCUUCGGUCUCAUCGUCUGGCUCAACCCCAAACGCCACGAAAUUAGCAUCUGUGGAGAAUAGUAACACACCACAGCCAAUCGCAGCUGGCGGAGCUGGCCAAUAAUAACAAUUCUCAGAACCAAAUAAGAAGGCAUCAAACACUACAAUACUAGCAAAAGAAGCCACAAGAAAUCAACAAAUAUCAAAUAUAUCAAGUACAGUACAUAAAUGAGAACAUCAUAAAAAGAAAAAAAUAUCUAUGCAUCAUAUAAAUGGGAAAAGCUAAUCGAAUGUACGGAAGAAAUAUAUAUUUAUAUGUGGAUGUUCUUCGCUCUUUGUGAGAGUAGACAAAUAAAGCUUCAAAGUGUUUUACCAAAUAUUUCUUCCACUAACUCCGAUGCAUACCAAUAAAUCUACUUUUACAACAACAUCAAUAUGUAUUUGAGCGUUUAAGGAGUUAAAUAAGACGUCAAUGCGAAUGCGAAUAAUAUUAAUAAUGAUGAUUAAGAAUAUACAGAAAACAAGAAAAUACAACGUGGAAUCGUUCAAAGAUGUUAGUAAAAUAGUUUUAUUAAAUCUGAUACAAACACAAGUCCAAACGAAAGAAUUACAACAACAAACAACAACAAGAUAAAAAAUCAGCGAAACAAAAAAGAAAAUGAAAGAAUUUGUAUGUUAUAAAAAAUGAAAUGAAAUUGAGUUUUAAGAAGCAAAAAGAGAAUUAAAUUGAAUGAAACUAUUAAUGUUCUGAGGGAACUUAAGAAGAUUGCUUAUCAAUGAGAUGAGAAUGAGAAAGAUGAAUGUAAUUUAAAGAGAGGGAAGCGCUACCGUAAAGGCAGAAUUAAUUACAUGGAGAGAUGGUGGUGGUAUGUUUUGAAAAUCGAAGCAUACAAAUACGAAAGCAUUUACAAAAUAUUAAAACAAGAGAAAAUAAAAUUAGAAAUAUAAAACGACUUUUAUGCUGAAUCCUUAAUUAAAAGAGAAAUUCAAUUUAUAAAUUACAAAUACCUAUAAUAAAAAGAAAUUUUAACAUUUUGCAGAGAAUGAGAGUGAGCCAAAUAAAAUCAGCAUAAAUUAAAUUCAAGAAGAAGAAAAGGAAACAUAUAAGUAAAUAAAUAAUAUCAGGUUAACACAACACGAAAAAUGUCGAUAUGCCCAUGCUUACAAACUACUCAUGCACACACUCACACAACACAACACAAAGCUGGCCUAUGAUAUGCGAUGUAUAUUCAGCGCAGUAAAAGAACGUUAUCUCUAAAACGCACAUGUAUAGUAUGUAUGUAUAGCAAUUGGCGUCCAAUUUACGGUGACGGCAUUACCAACAGUGUUAAGUUGACCGAAGGAACUGAGUUUUAGGCCAAGCAGCUGAAAGCAAAGCAGAAAAUAUGUUAUAAUAGUUAGAAGGAAAGUAAAAUUCUAAGAAUUUUAUACCAGAAAUCAACAUAACUUACGUUUUCUCAACUUUAAUACAACUACCAAUACUACUACUACUAUUAUUAAUACUAUUUUAAUUUUAAGAGUUAAAAUAUUUUAAAAAUUGUACAAUUAAAUUGAAUGGCUUAAACUGCUAAGCAAACAUGUUUGUCAAUAAUUGCACAUAUUCAUUAAGAAACUAACUGAACGAAAGUGCGUGCAGAUUGGUGCCAAUGACAAGUUGUAACAAGUUUGAUUUGCUUAUAAGGUUAGUUCGAUUUGUUAAUUAACAGUUUUCCUUUGCAAAGACAUGUAUUACAUCGUACUCAUAUCAUCCUAUAUAUGAUUAUCAUAAAGCAAAGUGCAAAAAUAAAGUUUCCUUCGAGUUAGUUUGAAUAAAGAA